GUCGUUAUGAUCGUUGUGUUAGUUUGUGGAUAAGGAGAUGUGAGUUCCAUAAUUACCACGUUGUGCGGUUGUCAAGUGUUAUAUAAACAAUGGCUGCAACUAUUGGAUAUGUGAACGUAAUCAAAAGAUCAGGGAAGGAAGGAUCACGUUUCCCAGUUACUGAAGAUUGCCUAAUUGGUAGUGGACUUCAUUGUGAAAUUAGAAUUCAUUUAGCUGAUGUUGCUGUAGAGCAUUGUUUAAUUCAGUGCCAGGAAGGGGGAAAGUGCUCACUAAAGAACUUAUGUAAACAAAUGCCAACUAAACUAAAUGGUACUGAUGUUACUGAAGUUGCAAUACUGCACCACGGAGACACUAUCAGUGUAUCUGACCGUUUGUUCCGUUGGGAAUAUGAAGAACUACCACAAAUUUCUUCUGUUAUGAAGCCAACUGUGGCACUGCUGCCACGUAAUGUGACAGAUGAUAUGGGAUCUUCAAAGCGACUGGUGGCUGUUGUAUCACCACAGAUCAGAGAAAGACAGGAAACAUCACAGUCUCUUAGGACGUGGGUACUACGUAGGUCAGUAGGGAACAGCUUGUCAAGUCGCACCCGGCAUCCUGCUAAGACGGUGGAAGGAAGGCGGAGUACUUCCUUGGUUAAAUUUGGUCCCCAGGAUUCUGAUCAGUCUGCAGUAUCAGAUGACAAGACUCCGCGCUUAGUAAAUGUCACCCGCCGUACCAGUGUUACAAGUUCAGUGAAAAAAUCACUGCUAAAAGUAACACCACAUGUAAGAAAAUCUGGUGGUGCCUCUACUGUACAACCAAUUCCUUUUGAAACACCUCACACUGUUACAUCUGUUAUGAGUGGCAGUGUUUCUGAUUUGGUGGAAACACCAGUGUCAAAAACAUCACGUGUAAAGAGAUCAAGUAUAUCUUACAGUGUCACCCCUCGCUCGCGAAAAUCAGUGCAAAUGGGAAGACUCUCUCACAGUGUGCCAUCUUUAAAAAAGACUCCUAAUGCAGAGGAAACAGUUGCAGUUUCUUCACCAAGAAGGUCCUACAGGAAGGACCCCUUAGGAGUUUCGUCAAGUGUUAAAUCUGCAAAUGCUACACCAGAUGGGAAGUUAUUUGGAGGGGAGACUCCAGGUGUCUCACAGGUUAAAAUUGGUGCCCAGGAUUCUUAUCAGCCUGCAGUACUGGAUAGCAAGACGCCGCACUCAGUAAAUGUCUCCCGCCGUACUAGUAUUAAAAGUUCAGUUAAAAAAUCGCUGCUGAAAGUAACACCAAAUCCGCGAAAAUCUGGUGGUGCAGAACCAAUAGCUUGUGAAACACCUCACACGUUUAACUCGGAUAUGCGUGAUAGUGUUUCCGAUUCAGUUGAAACACCAGUGUCAAAAACAUCACGUGUAAAGAAGUCAAGCAUAUCUUACAGUGUCACCCCUCGCUCGCGAAAAUCAGUGCAAAUUGGAAGACUCUCUCACAGUGUGCCAUCUCUAGAAAAGGCUCCUACUGCAGAGGAAACAGUUGCAGUUUCUUCACCAAGAAAGUCCUAUAGGAAGGACACCUUAGGAGAGUCCUCAAGCGUUAAAUAUGCAAAUGCUACACCAGGUGGGAUGUUUAUUGGAGGGGAGACUCCAGAUUUCUCACAGGUACAAUCGUUGGGCAAAAGAUCACAAAGGUAUAGCCAAAAAGUUCCUGCUGCAGAUAAUUCAGCAACCAUAGUACAGUCUCCAGAUUUAUUCUUGUCAGAUCAGAUGCCCUCCAAUGGAGAAGUGGCACAGCUAAAAGAAUUGCAGAAAUCGUCUGCAUCUGCUGUGGCUGAGAGACCCAAAAGAAAAUCAGCUGGACUGCUGCUUGCGCACAUUCGUGAAAGUCAGGAAUUGUUUUCUCGUAGCCGUAGAAACUCUACUCCUUCAGCAAAUACUGACAAAAUAAACACUAGGUCAGCAAGAGCUUCAAUGAUUGUGCCUAAGAAAAGUAAACUUUCUUCCACGCCCAUAUCACAGUCAAAGACACCUCGCAAGCUUAAAUCCCUUCGGGCAAUGUCAGCAAAAGCAGCCAAGCGAAGAUUGACUGAUGUAGACCUCUCGGAGAUUGCUGCUAAUAAGCUAAAAGCUAAAUCACCUAAAACUCCAGAUAAGAAGAAAAUGGCAGCUUUGCUUCAGUGUCAUAAGCCUCGAAUGCUCUUUUCAGAAGUUGUGAAGAAAACUCCAGUGAAGAAGAACAUUGUUGCCAAGCUACCAUCAGUGCCAAUAAGUCGACGUAGAAAGGUGCCCAAGAAACCCAAGGUUCAUACUCCAAGAAAGGCUUCUGUGAAAGGAAUAAAUUCCACUGGGCAUGUUGAUUCACCGGAGACAAUAAUAAUCCAUGGCAAACAAAGUAUGGCCUUGAAAAGAACAAUUCAAAAAAUUAAGGAAGAAAGUGAAUCUCAGAAAAUUACAGCCACAGCUCCUAAGUUUGAAGACACAAAAGAUGUUGAAACUUCAGUUUCAGUCAAAGAGUCAUCUCGUGAAAUGAACACCAGGAAAAGUGUCAGCUUCUCACCAGCACCACAAGUGGUGGCAUUUGCAGCUUCAAGACGAAUAAGUACACGUAAAUCUAUGAAAAUUCCUAAUAUCACAGAAGAGAAUUGUGGCAUGCUUUCGCCAAACGAUUCGAAUUUGUUGGAGACACUUCCUAACCGAAAGACUAGUAUAUUAAAAAAAUCAUCUUCAGUAGAAACACGCACAGAACUAAUGGAAAUUGAUGAUAAUUCUUCUGCAGUAACUAAUUUGGAAAGAGUUCGUAAUAGUUCUGUUGUAUCAAGUACUCCUGUCAGAGUUUCAGAAAGGCAGAAAGGUAGAACACCUUCACAGUCACCAAGCACUCCCAAGAUGAAGGUUAGGAUGGGAAAAUCUUCAAAGUGUGUGUCAGUAACCAACCAGAGUCCGGAAGCAUUAAAUACAAGCAUUGUGUCACAGGCAAGCAGUACGUUUGAUUUUGACGCUGUCACUACUCCCUGUAUAUCAGUUGAAAAACUAGUUUCACCCUUAAAUACCACCAGUUCAAAAAAACAAAUAAACAGCGAUUCAGCUAAACGUAAUGUAAACAUUUCUGCACAAAAAAUAUUCAAAGAUCUUGUAGCAGAUAAAGUUAUCGACACUAGUAAAUGGCAUUACCAUGAUACGAACGCAGCAACCAGUGCAACUGAUGCCUGCAAUUGGACAGGUUCGGAGCCCUUGGCCAUGUCAUCAAGCAGGAAAAGUGAUCGAAGAUCAGUGUCAUUUCCUGUAAAUCGUUACUCCACAAGGAAAUCACAAGGUAAAAGAAGUUCUGAAGAGGUGUAUGCAUCCUCAAACACAACUGCUUCUGAGCUCAAUCAGCAUGAUGUGGCCUCACCGUCCAAAAAAAGAAAAGUAUCAGUUAACACACAAGAAGAGUCAUUUAUUUCUAAAGAUGCAGGUGGCUUUCUUGUAAACAAACUUGAGCAGCUUCCGGGUGUAGCAGUAGCAUCAUCGCCAAAGCUUGACAGAAAUAGUGGAAGGGUUCAUAGAAUAUCUCAGCAGCCAGUGAUUGUUGACUCAAAUGAUAUUGAAGAUGCCAAGAAAGAUUUAAGAUCAUCUAAGAAAUCUUUACCUGAUGCUUUGCUCAGCAAAGGAUAUGUUAAACAGCAGUCUCCCUCUGUUAGACAAAGAAAGUCUACAAUUAAUGAUUUAAGAGAUGUUACAGGUGUCACAAGACUAUUUGACACUACAAAGAAACAAGGAUCUCCUGCAAAUGAUCUUACUGAUGUGAGAGGUGUAAAACAGCUUUUAAAAACUCCAAAGCAGCAGAAACUGCCAAAGAAUGAUUUGACAGAUGUUAGAGGUGUAAAACAGGUGUUGAAAACUCCAAGAACACAGAAAUCACCACGAAAUGACCUUACUGAUGUAAGAGGUGUGAAAAGACUACUCCGGUCUCCAUUACAUCGUCAGAAAUCACCACAGAAUGAUCUUACAGAUGUGAGGGGGGUGAAAAAGCUUUUCAGAUCUUCAAAAAAACAAAUGUCUCCCAAAAAUGAUCUAACUGAUGUAAGAGGUGUGAAAAAAUUACUUCAGUCUCCAAGGCAACAGAAAUCACCACGAAAUGAUCUAACUGAUGUAAGAGGUGUGAAAAAAUUACUUCAGUCUCCAAGGCAACAGAAAUCACCACAGAAUGAUCUCACUGAUGUGAGAGGUGUGAAAAAAUUGCUUCAGUCUCCGAGGCGACAGAAAUCUCCACAGAAUGAUCUCACUGAUGUGAGAGGUGUGAAAAAAUUGCUUCAGUCUCCGAGGCAACAGAAAUCUCCACAGAAUGAUCUCACUGAUGUGAGAGGUGUGAAAAAAUUGCUUCAGUCUCCGAGGCAACAGAAAUCUCCACAGAAUGAUCUCACUGAUGUGAGAGGUGUGAAAAAAUUGCUUCAGUCUCCGAGGCAACAGAAAUCUCCAAGAAAUGAUCUCGCUGAUGUGAGAGGUGUGAAAAGGUUACUCCAGUCUCCUAGGCAACAGAAAUCUCCACAGAAUGAUCUCACUGAUGUGAGAGGUGUGAAAAGGCUACUCCAGUCUCCUAGGCAACAGAAAUCCCCACAGAAUGAUCUCACCGAUGUGAGAGGUGUGAAAAGGUUACUUCAGUCUCCUAGGCAACAGAAAUCUCCGCAAAAUGAUCUAACUGGUAUGGAAGGUGUGAAAAGAUUACUUCAAUCGCCUAGGCAACAGAAAUCUGUGCAGAAUGAUCUCACUUAUGCAGGAGAUGUGAAAGGGUUAGUUGAACCUGAGUCCCAUAAAAAUACUAACCCACCUCGAACUCGCAGGGGUAAAGUGCAAGUUAGUGGUGGAGAUACUAUGGUCUCAGAUGAAAAGCAGCAGAAAUCUGAAACAGCAAACAACUUGGAGCAGAGAGACUUACUUAUUAUGUCUAGUGCUGGGCACACAUCACCUAAUGUUACGAAUGUACCUCAGACACGCAGGACUAGAAAACAAGCUGUCGCUAAGGAAAUGAUUAAUAGUAAUCUUCAGGCUUCGGCUGAGAGUACAUCACUACCUAGGACCCACAGGGGAAAGAAGGUUACUGUUACAGUUUCAAAGUCAAGUGAAGAGGUGAAAUCUCAAUCUGUUGUGGAAACUGACAUUUCUGUAGAAGUAUGUGAACAAAACGACUUGUUUGUUCAUCCCACCAAGCUUGCUUCAUUAGACACUGCCUCUUCACCUAGAACUCGCAGGGGCAGAAAACAAAUCAUGAAUAAUAAAAAAGUUGGGGAGGAAUUAGAGCAAUUUCGUGAUGUGUUGCAGAAGCAUGAAGAGGAUGUUUUAAUUAAAACAAGUCAGCUUGUUUCAACUGUCGCUGUUUCUCCACUUAAAACUCGAAGGGGUAAAAAAUAUAUUGAAAAAAGUAAAGAGCAGGAUGAAGAUCUGAAGUCAGUGUCUCAUAGCAGCAAACUUAAACCUGAAGUAGAAACCCACAAAUUGACACAAAAUCAACAAGAAAUGCAGUCUGUUAAUGACGGUGAAACUGCUUCACUAAAAAUACGUGGUGGUAACAGAGGAGAUGUUUCCAAGCAGCAGAGGAAGAAAGCUGUAACUUCACUGAGUGGUAAUAACAGUGCAGAAUCAAGAGAGAGUGAUACUUUGUCACCCAAGCCUCAACAGAAAAGAGUAAUUUUUGCAGAUGUAUUACAUGCAUCUUCACCAAGUAACAGUCCUUCAUCAAGGACACGUAGAGCUAAAAAGCAGGUAGUUAAUGAGGAAUCUGAAAAAAAAGGUGGUUUAAAAGCUGGCGACCAGUUAUUGUCAGAUGAGUGUGACAAACCAGUGGGUAAGCGUCACCAGAGAAAAUUAGUGAAUGCAGAUAGUGUGGAAUACAGCCCCUCAACUAUUUCUGGCCAGUCCAGAACCCGAAAGGGAAGAAAAUUUCAUACUGCUACUGUGAGUGAGGAGUUGAAAUUACCUUUCAAAACUCCAAGCCCCCGUGAUUAUAAAACAGAUGGCACAACAGCUAUAGCAGAAUCGGAACAAAGUAAAGUAAGUGACAGUGUAUUCAUUGAUUCUAAUACUAUCAGCCCACUGAAACCAAGGAGAGGUAGGAAAGCUGGAACCGUAACAGUUUCUUCCACUGCGGAAAUGAGAGAGAGAACAGAAAUAAAUAGGAAUCUUGAUAAAAACAUUGCAACAUCUGUUGCUCACACGUUAGACACAGGUCUUGCUGACAACAGCACAUGUGAGGUACCUGUCGUGGCUUCCUCAAAGAGAACAUUACGUGGAAAAAAAGAAAAUGUUACUCGGCUUGCUGCAACCACUGUACCUUCAUCAGAUAAAAGUGAAACUGAAGAGAGGAACAGUGUAAAAAGUACAAGAGCAGGUAGAAAACGUGCAGUAAAUCUAGAGAAUGGUUUUUCAGCUGUAAGUAUACAAAUAGGUUCUAGCAAAGAUACAGCUAUUAUUGACAGUCCUCCACCUAAGAGGUCGCGGAGGGUCAGAAUUCGUGGUGACAUGGAAGAAGGGAAGCCAUCUUCUCGUUCAGAGUUGAUUGAGCUAAACAGUACACAGACAGAAACAGAAUCCACAGACGACAGCAUUGAAAAGCGGUUACAUGGUCUUACUCACAAAACAAGGCAGGCUACAGUCUGUGAUGCAUCCAAAAUUGUUGAUCAACCAGAUGAAGCUAGUGAAGAGAGAACUUCAAGCAGGAGACGUGGGGUGAGGCAGCACAAGAAAGAGACAAAUAAAAAUGAACUUGGAAAUGGGCAAAGUACAGAUGAAGCAGAGCAGAGAAGUACACGGAGUAAAAGGAAGCAUGUUCAGGAGACUGGUGAAAGAUCUCCGAGAAAGAAGAAAAACACACAAUCUGAUAGAUUAUUGGAUGUCUCUUCAGAACCCAGAGUUGUCUCACCUAGAGCAACAAGACAACGUAGAAAUCGUCGCACGUGACCUUCCUUGGCCUUCUGUUCCAGUACAAAUAUACAUGAGUGACCUAACCUCUAUGGUGGUUUUUUUUUUUUUUUUAAUUGUCAAUUCAGAUUAUAUUUUAAAUACGACAAUAGGUUUAUUUCUGUGUAACAGAUGUAGUUAUAUAACAAACUGUACAUACAUUAGUAGGUUGUAGCUAGUAUUGUGGAAUUUUUGUUUUAAUAAUAAGAGCUAGACCAUUGGGGUAUUAUUUUUACUUCCCAUGGAUUAUUGUACUCUUGUAAUGACUGUCGUGUGUUAUUAACCCUCAAUAGUCAUCCAUUUUAAGUAUUAGUCGAGGCUAAAUACCUCGAGCGUACUUCAGCUGACUUUAAAUUUUAUUUGAAAAGUUAUUGGAUUUGAAUAUAAUUUUAAGUGUUAAAGAUCUCACUCAAAACAUAUAUUUUGAAUGCAAGCUAGAGAGAAGAUACCCACCAAUACAGCUAAUAUUUUGUCAUGGAGUAUAGCCUUUUCCAAACUAAAUAUUGCAUAGUAGUUCAAUUGUAAUAAGUUUUUUAAUAUUACUUUAAUAUAUAAGAACCAUAGAUGAUUUAGAGAAUUGUAAUAUUUUAAAGUGAAAUAAGAACUUCCAUUUUCACUUAUUUUUAAAAAUACUGUAGCUGUUUCUUCUUCUUAACCAUAUUCUCUAAUUGUUAAUAGGCGCUGUCUUGGAGAUCUAAUUUAAACUGACUGUUCUGCUAUUGUCACCUGUCCUACAAGCACACCAUUGUAGAAUUCAAAAGUAGUAUUUCAGUUUUAUUCACAAUUUCUUCUAUAAUGUAGAGCAUUGUAUAAAAGACUUAAUUGUCUUUCCACUUUGGUUUAUUCACAUUUUGUAAUGACUGUAAUCACGUGUAAACUAAUUGUUAUUAAUUUAUAUUUCCUCCAUGUUUCCAAAUUUUUCUGUUUAGAAUUGUGUGUGAACUUUGCUACUUUCACUGGCAGAUAUUUUAACUAUUACAGUUGGCAUAUGCUAUGCUGUGUGUCCAGCUCCUAUUCCCAUGUUUUUGUUUCAUCUAUCUUCACUGGUUCAUUAUUAUACAUAACAAAUAUUUUAGCCAAAUUUGGCAUCUUGUAAGAGGUUUUGCCAUUCUUGGGAAAUGUGAACUCUUUAGUCAACCAGAGAUAUUAGAUUUCUUUUAUCAGCAGAUCAUCACUUAUAAAGGGAACGUAUUAAUUGAAGAUUGAACAGAGUAUUGCAUACCAUUUUCAUAUUACAUGCAGUGUUUUUAGAAAUGUGGAUGGGUGAGAAGGUCCUUACACACCACACAAUUUAAAACUGUACUUCAUUGAAGUAUGUAAUUAAGUUUAAUGUUGGGUGUAUCACACAGUCUUGUAUGGUGCAAUGUCUUUUUAUAUAACAACAUUGUAAUGUAUUGGUUUUGUAUCUCCGGCAUAAAUCAGUGUUACUGAAUUAAUGAUGCACUACUUCCAAGAGUUUAAAAGUAGUUGUAAGUUUACAUAUAGCAUUGUUAAAUUUAAAAAUCCAAAAGGGUGUAAAUAUUGUAGGUAUUUAUUGCCACAGUGAGACAUUAGUUUCACUAUCAUCUUAAAGUAAAGUGCAGACAUAUUGUGUUUAUGUGGAAAUAGGUGCAAGGAAUUUUGAGAAAAUUUGAAACACAAUAACUUGGUUGCUUGCACAGUUACAUACGUGAAGGGAUCGGAGAGAUAGUCUUAAGCCACAUGUAACUAGUUUUGAUAUACAGCAACAGUCCAUGUUCCCUGGACAGCUAUAAAUGUUCAGUACAAAAUAGAAAUCUUCUUGGUUUUGUACAUAAUAGUUUAUUAGUAAGGUGUGUAGUAAAAUACUCGACUCAAUGCAUUGUAAUUAUAUUGAAUCAUUUUACUUAAGAUAUAGUCAGUAGUGGCUUAUUACUUUAUCUCCCAGAAAAGAAUGUAGAAUGCAAAAUAUGAAUUUGUAAGGAAUUAUUUUGAACUACACUAAAAACAGUGACCAGUGUAUAUAAUUUUUACAUAUUUAUAUAUGUGCAAAGGUCCUUCGGAUUAAUAAAUUAUUUUAGUGACUUAGCUACAUCAAGAGAGUUCCUCUAACUCAUAAUUGUUCACAUUAUUUCCAAUAGAUGACUGAAAGAAGUGUUAGUUUGCUGCAGAUAUGUACGCCAUGAGAGAUAGUACACCAUAAUUUUUUUCCUGCAUAAUCAGAAGUGGCUCUCUAUAUUUUACUGCCAGCUGAAAUGGGUAUGGUUCAGCAAGCCUUCAUUUCUUUUCCUCAUAAUACGGAUAUCCACUGAUGCAAGGGCUCCUUUGUCAGAAUAGCAGUGCUCCACACUUUGGUUGAAUAGCUUCACUGAAAUGAAUGAGAUCUACGAAUGUGAGUAAGGUGUGUUUAGAGAUUGCCUUAAGAUUAUCCAACACCCAGACGUCUUAGAUUUGGCACUUUGGUCAGAAUGAAAUUUUUUAUUGUAUUUUACUACCACAACUUCAUUGCAGACACAAUCACAAUCACAAUUGCAAAAGAGUCUAGUGUGCCCUGCCACAGGACAGUAAUGGUGGGCAGAUUUAAAUCUUUUGGUAACAACGAGAGAGACUUCCGAAGCACAAAAGCCCAAAUUCUUUCUCUACUCCUUGCUGUUACCUGAUUAUGUGGAAAUGUUUUGUUAGAGGAUUAGUUAACUUCAAAUAUUUUAUCCAGCAGCUCUGAACUUCAUCUGAACCCCUUUAUCUUUCUCACUCCAUAGAAAUACAUAUCCCUUUCUGAUCCACAGUUGUGGAUACUGCAAUCUCUCCAUACUAUAAUCUUGUCAAAUGCUAGAUCAACUGUUUGGAUGUGGGAACAUGUAGUGUUUAACUGUAAAACCCAUCGUAAUUUACACAUUACAUUCUUCAAUCUUCUUGCCUGUUCUGUAACCCAAGAACCCUUGAGAAAGCUUCCUUGCAAAUCAUGCCUUUCAUUCCAUAUAUCUUAAUGUUAUUUAAAAAUUUAAGAACUGUAGAUUACACUUUGUGGGUAAUCCUUUUUGGAAUAGCUAUGAAAGAAAGAUAAAAUAGAAUGAAAUAAAAUUACUCAUAAAAUACUAGUCAAUUUAUCUGUAUAAAACAAACUUUCACAUUUGAUACCAUACUUAUGCAACUUGUCAGGUAAGUAUUCUGGGCGUUAAAAUUUUCUGUAUCCAAACAGAAUAAAAAAAUAUUUUCUUCUUUCCCAUGUAGUUUUAUGUAGCACUUGGUCCAGCAGGUACACGAACUUCCGAAAGAGGUUCCAUGGACAGUCUUAUUUUGAAAACCCACACCACUGACCAAUUUGAGAUUUGACUGCCCCCCCCCCCCCCCCUUUCAAAACAAAUACUUCAGUGUUUAGCUUUUCCUGAAUAUUUAGGUUUGUGACAUGAUUCUUCGUUCACAGUACUUAUUCCAUGCUGUAAAAAGAACAAAAUAGUCUCAGAACUUCGUUGAGAUAGUUGUAAGGCACACAAAAUACUGCUAAAAUGGCAUUCAUGAAAAAUAUUUGUGUUAUUAAAACUAUAUUAUUACAGCAUUAAGUAGUCUUUGAAGUAUGCCCAUAAAAUUUUCCCACUACCACAAAAAACGCAUUCAAAUGUGUGAACAACAUUAGAACAACAAUGAUUACCAGUAAAUACUAGUACAUACAGAAAUGUUAUGAGCUGGAACUGUAGCUCAAUGGAUGCCAGGAUUCAUCACUGUCAGUAUCAAAAUGACCACAUUAGUUUCCACUACUCUCAUUGGCAACUAUUCGUUAAAUAUGUGAACAAGGUUCAGAUGCUCCUGAGCUAGCUGCCAUUUUGCUGUGAUAAGUCUGUCUUCUAAAAAUACCACCAGAUGGUAAAGUACAAAACUUCACUGCCAUUUCCUGCCAUCUGUUGCAAAAAGACUAAGCUUUUUUGAGAAAAUAUGGGUAUUUUUAAAAAUGUCAUUGCAUGGAAAAACUCAAUUUUGAAAAAAUUGUGGCUUAAGACAGUCUCUUUGACCCCUUCAUAUUUUUGAUUGGUGUGUGUACUAGUAACGUGUAGUGCAAUCUGAAGAUGCUGACAAAUUGUGUAAAUAAAAAAUUUUAAUAGUUAUUUUAUUCAUUAAAAUUUGUCUUGUUAA